AUGACAUGCACCCAUUUGUUAAAACCAUUUUAUCAAAAGCGCUUUUAUAUUUUUAAACACAAAUACAAUAAAUUAAAAUAUAAAUUUGAAUGUAUUGUUUGUAAUAGCCCCGAUAAUUUGUAUGUGUGUCUUGAUUGCAAUAUUGUAUGCUGUGAAAAUGAUAGAUGUCGUGCUCAUAACAUUUUUAUUGAUUUUAAAUAUAAUUCUAGAUUAAUAUGCGUUAAUAACUCGUGUAACAGUAGUUUAGAUGAUGUAAAUGGAUCAAUACUUUAUCCACAAAUCUUUACUACUAUUAAUAUUACUUGUAAAGGUCUUCCAAAUCUUGGUAAUACGUGUUUUAUUAAUGCCCUUAUACAAGCACUUUUUAGUUUAACACCUUUCACCCGUUUUCUUUUAGUAUCUAAGACAUGCCAAGAUGAAUAUUGCCUUAAAUGUACCAUAAGACACUUUUUCGUAAAAUACCACACUACUCAAAACAAGUUUAUUAAUUUAUUUAUUAAUACUAUAAGUAGACAUAGCGCAGAGUUUAGUGGUAAAGAACAGCAAGAUGUUUACUUGUUUUAUUUAUUUUUAAUUAAUACUAAAUGCACAAAAAAUAUAAGUUAUAUUAAAACUGGACAAGAUGAACAUAAAACAGUAAAUCAUAAAUUACAAAAAUACACUGGUGUUAGUAUACCAUUUUUAAUUAAAGGAUAUAAUAUUUUACAGUGCAGAGCAUGUAAAAAUAUAAAAGCCAAACAUAAAGAUUGUUUAGUUUCAUUAUCUUUAGAUUUUAGUUCGUCAUUGUCUCAGAGUCUAAAAUUGUACAGUUCAAAAGAGUCACUUACUGACUUAAUAUUCUGUCACAGAUGUAAAAAAAAUACAAACUUUUUAAAAUUUUUUAAGAUUCAAAAAAUUAAUAAAAUACUGGUUUUACAUAUAAAAAGAUUUAAAACAGUAAACUAUGUGUCAUCAAAAAUUAAUGAAGAUAUUUUAGUUGAUGAGGAACUAAUUAUACGAUCAAAGAGAUUUGUACUAAAAGGGUUUAUUGUACACAGCGGUAGUUUAAAUUUUGGGCAUUAUAUUGCAUAUAUUAAUAAAGAUGGUGUGUGGUAUUGUGUAGAUGAUGAAAAAGUAAAUAUUGUAAAUUUUAAAGAUCUAGUGAAAAAAGCUUAUCUCUUGUUUUUUAUAAAAAAGUUAUAA